CCGUUGUUGGGUGCGAGACAGCUCAGCUCUUCUCCGGCUAAGCCCGGGUUCCCGGCUCGCUCCGCCGCCUCCGCACCGCUCCCGCCCUCACCGCCGCCGCGCCACCAAGCUCCGCGUGCUCUGCCGCUUGCUCCGGCGCUGGCGACCCCACAGAAUCACCGCGUCUUGCGGACCCCGCGCAAGGACGCCGGCCCCACGCCCCCACCCACUCUCGUAACCUCCGCGUCCCCCGCCGCCGCCGCAUUCCCGAACCCUAACGCGGGGUCUCAGACGGAACCACCUAGGGCGGCUGCGGACGAGGACCCCUCCGCGUCGCCACCUCCGGCCGCGGACGAGAAAGCCUACACGGCGUCGCCUGCCGAUGCCGCGGCGAAGCCGCCGCCCGCACGGGAGGCGCGAAGGAUGAAAACGAAGUUCAUAAUAAUCCGGAACCGUGUCCCCAAGAGCACGUUGCAGGUGGGGGAGGGAUGCGCGCCCGAAAAAUCCUCGACUGAAAAUGCUGCUUCGGAUGAAGCGGUGGGUAAGGAACACAGCGUUAGAGAAACUGCAGUCGAGAAGCCAGCUGCUGGCUGUGACGAAACAUUGUUGGGGGAGGAAAAAGUUGGUGGAGGAGCCUUACUUGUGAAGCCGGCGGUGGAUGGUGAUGCCUGUGAGGCAGAGGAAGUGGUGAGUAUGCGCAUUGAAAAGGAUUAAUUGGGGAUGUCGGCGUGGCAAAGGAAGGUGAUGACGGAGGUGUUUGUUGGUGGGCAUGAUGGAGAAGUGAAAGAGGAAGAUGUGAGGGCGGUGUUCGCGAGGGCGGGGGAGAUCACGGAGGUCCGGAUGAUAAUGGAUGCAAGGACGCGGAAGAACAGAGGAUACUGCUUUGUGCGGUACCGUGAGUCAGCGCAGGCGAAGAAGGCCAUUUCAGAGUUCUGCAAAGUGAAGAUUUGUGGCAUCCUUUGUCAAGUUGAAGCUCUGGAUGUGAGUGAUAAAAUUUUUCUUGGAGAUAUUGACAAGAAAUGGAAGAAAGAAGAUGUCAUGAAGCUACUUCAGAAAACUGGAGUUGAGAACAUUGAUACGGUGACACUUAUGGCUGACUGUAAUAACCCUAGUUAUAACAGUGGAUAUGCAUUUAUUGACUGGACGAAUAGAGAUGCACUGACGGCAUACAGAAAGCUUUCAAAGCCAGGUGUUUUUGGCAGAUGUCUAAAUGUAACAGUUGCAUGGGCUGAUCCACUGAUUGAGCCCAAUGAAGAAGAGAUGCCUAAGGUUAAAUCAAUUUUUGUGGAAGGUACACCAACUUCCUGGGAUCAAGCUAAGAUGAUAGAAAUCUAGAAAUAUGGAGUGAUCCAAUGUGUCGCUCUAGCACGUGAUAUACAGUCAGCUAAAAGGAGUGACUUUGCAUUUAUUCAGUACACUACUCAUGAAGCUGCAAUCUUGUGUCUUGAAUCAUUUAACCAGGAAAAUUAGCUGACGAUGGUUCAAAGGCCUCUUCUCAUACUUGGGCUAAAUUGGAUGUUUUUGGUUAAUGUAGUUAUUUACAUUAUCUGUGGUCCUUGACAGGUGAAUUAUUAGAGUCUCGCUGGCUAAACCUGUCGGAAAGGGCAAGCAGAAGAAAGAAGACAAAAGAAUUAGUAAUAGCCAAAAAAGCAAAACAAAGAUUUCCAAAAUCUAAACUGAACCAGACUGUAUUCAAGAUGAUCACCACAUAUAUUCUGGAGUGAAGCGGCCUUUUUCAACACUGGGUGACGAUCCCUCUUAUUCCAUGAGGCUUAACUAUUGCCCUCGACAUGAGAGCAGCACCAAUCCUAGAGCAACUUCGAAAAAAAAGGGUGUCCCCAGUGCUGAAAGCUCCCACAAAAGCUAUGGUGUGCCACCCACUGAUAUAUCUAGGGCCUCGCCAUAUUAUCAUGGAAGCAGCAGAUAUCCGGCAGAUAUCUUGUAGUAGCAAAACCAUCAAUGAGUAGUAAGGCGUCACAAGCUGGUCCUUGAGGACAGCCACAUGGAAGCAGACAUUAGCCACAAUGCGAUAGAGCAGGCUUGCUUCUUUUGUAGAUUCACAAGGAGGCUCGUCUAAAGCCCAUAUACCUGGAUGGUGGCAGAAGAUCCGGCAAUUGUAUGCAUGACUAGCUGUGUAUUAUACAUCGAUGCCCCUUGUGCAGCUUACCAAGCAAAAGAGGCCAAGGUGAAACAUGCUUUUGGUAAUUUGUCUAACAUCUAACAGGAGAUGCAAAUAUUUUCCUGUGUGAUGAUUACUGAUAAUGGUCAUAAUCUGCUCAGAUUUCUGUAAGGAUGCUGCAUCCUUGAUUUUCUGUUAGUAUAGCAGUUACAAUUACUCCCCAUUUAAUCUCUUCAAAUCCUGAUGGAAAGCUUUCGAUUGAA